CUCUGAAUGGCGCUCGAUGUUUGCGUUAAGAAGGGCUUCGGCCUCACAAGUCUGGGCAGGGAUGCCGGCCGGAGUUUGCGCAGAGCUCGAGCUCCCGUGAACUGCUGUCCAAGGUGCAUUUUCGAUGCUAUCCACCCUGAGCUCAUGACCACGGAAGCGAACCUACGCCUCGGGUAAGACGUCAAGAUACGGAUGGCACUUUACUUGCCAAAAGUGUCGUUCUCGUGAGAAAUAUCGAGCUGCAGGGCUCCGACUUACCCAAAAGAUGUACUCUUAGUCACGAUGGACCAGAACGCGACCGGGAGAAUACGGUCUACCUCUACGAUGCUAACUUUGUCUCAUAUUGUCCGUGAGAGAAUCGAGUUCCCCGGGUUUCGAUUCCCGCACCAGGAUGCGGGGGUGGGUUAGUAUUCAUUGUUGUGGACCAAUCAUAGGCUGUAUUGAAGGAAAAGUGGGGUCAGGGCUCGGCAUCAAUCGUGUGGGGUACUCGACAUACAUAAUCAGGGCAUACGCUCUCAACGCGAUUGCUUCGGCAUUGUCCAUCAAUCUUCACUCAGCAAGUCGCCCAUCAUGAUGUUCCUCAAAUCUGUCAAAGGUCGAACUCUCUACCGGAUAAUGAGCAUUUGUUGCUCACUGUCCUUCUGCAUGUACGGCUACGACGCCGGCGUCCUUGGAGGCAUCCAGACCACAAAACCCUUCCUCGACGCGAUGGGCCAUCCGACUGGUACAUACGUCAUCCCCAUGAUUGCGUCCUCGUACACGCUAGCGGCCGCCGUGUGCUCCUUGGCCGUCACCGUCCUCGGGAUGCCUCUGGGACGACGAGGGUGUAUCCUCAUGGGCGAUGCCCUUGUCAUCGUUGGAGCCAGCAUCCAAGCCUCUUCUUGGUCGGUUGCUCAGAUCAUUGUUGGUCGUGUCCUUUGCGGGUUCGGCAUCGGAUUCAUCUCCUGCAGCGUCCCCACAUACAUGGCCGAGAUGAGUAUCACAUCCAAAGAACGAGGUCCUGAGGUCGCCGUUCAAUGCGUCUGGUUGAUAAGCGGGGUUGGGGGAGCCUACUGGAUGGAUUUUAUCUUCACAAGGAUGACGAACCAAGUGACAUGGCGGUUUCCAAUUGCCUUUCAAGCAUCUUUCGCCACCAUCUCCAUCAUCGGCAUGUUCUUCUUACCCGACACGCCCAGGUGGUAUUACGCCAAAGGCCGCGUCGCAGAGGGAGACAGCGUUGUCAUGCGUCUCCAUGAUCGGCCAAUGGAAGACCCUGCCGUCCAGGCCAUGCGAAAUGAGAUCCUGGCCUCGAUCAAACUCGAAGAGGAGGACGAGCAUAAAUUCAACCCCCUGGAUCUCUUUUGGGACAGAAGCGACCUGAGAGCAGGCCGCCGGAUCAGGAUAUCCUUCAUGAUCCUCUCCAUUCAGCAGAUGAUGGGCAUCAACCUGUCCGUCUACUAUUCAACGGUCAUCUUCUCACAGGUCGGACUGUCUUCUUUCCUCUCCCAGCUCCUCGCUGCGGUAAUGAACACCGGUUUUGCCUUGGGAACAUAUCCCUUGCCCUGGACGAUCGAGCGAUUCGGCCGGCGUGCCGUUUUGAUCUGGUCGGCGGUCGUCUUGACAAUCUGUAUGCUCGUGUUCGUGAUUAUGAUCGGCUUGCCGCAUCCUACCCUAGCAACACAAUGGACGGCUGUGGCGUUUGUGAUCAUCUACAACUUUGUGUUUGGCUAUGGCUGGAUUGGAGUUCCUUGGUUAUACGGACCUGAGAUCGCACCACUCAAACUGCGUCACCUCGGUGGCGCUGCCGGUGCAUUCGGCGAGUGGCUGUUCAGCUUCAUCACCGUCUUCGCCGGGGGCAUCGCGCUGCAGAACGUUGGCUGGAAGAUCUGGAUCUGGAUGCUCUUGUCCUGCGCGGUCGCCGUGCCGUUUGUGUAUUUCAUGUGUCCCGAGACCACAGGCAAAACCCUCGAAGAGAUCGACCUGAUCUUCGCAAAGCCCGAGAUCAGGGACUCGGCGCUCGCGGCGCGCACGAUCCACGACCGCCACGCCGAGGAGGUCCGGAACAAGGAGCACGUCAUCCAGUACGAGGAGAAGGAGGACGCCUGAACGGGACGUCGAAUAGGCGGGCACGGGUGAGGCGAGGCAGCUUAAGGCAGUGCAACCCAGGCUGCUUCGAUCUCUCAGGUGCCUCUUUUGCAGGAUAUACCUUGCGGAACUUGUGGGAGAAAUGGGGCUAAAAAAAAAGUUCGCCCAA